AAAUGGAAAAUCUCUCUACUUUGCUCAUAAUAACUCUCCUCCUUUGCACCGCCACGCAAACGUGCACGGCCCGCCCUGAAUCGGCCGACUUCGCCUCCAUCACAAUCUCUCCGGCCGACAUACGUAGUCUGGAAAUGAUAGAAUCAAAACUACAUGAAGCAGCCGAUGAGAGCUGCGAGAAAGACGACAACGAAGAUUGCUUGAUGAGAAGAACAUUGACGGCUCAUCUUGAUUAUAUCUAUACACAGAAGAAUAAUAACCCUUAGGUUAAUUACCCCAAUUGUCAAUAAUUUCAAAUCACCUCACAUGUUAUUAGUGUGUAUAUAGAAUCAUUAAAUCAUUCAAUUAGUUUUUCUAAUGGAAGUGUUAAAUUAUUGCUAUAUGUUAUGUACAUAUAUAAUAGAAUCAAUAACGCGAUUCGGUUCUAUAUUCUUUAAUAGGAAAGUGUAAAAUUAUUUCCACAUA